UUGACCCGUAUUAGCUGGAUAGUUUAGGAAGAUGUGUCUCCGAAAAUUCAAAUCUCAAGCAACGAUCUCAAAUAUUUAAAUCCCCGUUCAAUUCCCGCGCGCAUUUGUUUGCAGUGUGCGAGUUUCCAUCAUUCUUCCUUCUUCCACACAGAAAAAGCCUGCAACUCCUCUCUCGUACUCGCCACGCUUUCUCCGAUGACCUAAGACGCCGUUUCAUCUCCGAUUCUCAAACGCAAAAUGAAGAUCAACAAGGCCUGCGAUCUCUCCUCCAUCUCCGUCUUCCCCCCUCCUCCUCUACAUUCAAGGAGAUCGAACAAUGUAUCGAGCGGAAUGCAAGCUUCGCAGCAUCGCUCGCAACUGUCUCAGCAGUCAUUUUCUCAGGGGUUUUCAUCUCAGCAUGGAUUGUUGUCUAAUUUCUCUCAGAGCUCUCUUGAUGAGGCUGUCACGACGAAUGACCAGAGAAUGGGUUCCCAAGAAUAUGAGAACUCUUCGAAGAAAAUAUCUAGCUUGCCCCGACUUACGUAUUCGAGAGAAGAGAGUCAACCACCUAACUCGAGAUCUUCAGGAAAUCUCAUGGUCAAAUGGAAUUCUGCAGAUCCUAAAACAGGUCAGUUAAGUGAAGGACUUGAACACCGAAUUGGCAUGAUGGAAACUUCAUUGAGCAGGUUUGCAAUGAUCUUGGAUUCUGUUCAAAGUGACGUAAUGCAAGUAAACAAAGGAACAAAGGAAAUGAUUUUAGACAUGGAUUACAUAAGACAGAAGUUGAUUGCUCAGGAUAAUUCACUUCAGUUAAUGACUAAAGGACAAGAAGACAUUAAAGCAAGAAUCGACGGGAGCUUGAAAUCUGUCACUGAACAGUUGAGCCAGGUUACAAACAAUGAGAAGUUACAGGAAGUAUAUUUGAUGGUUUCAGCCUUUCCUCAGCUAUUUGAAGCCUCUCUGCGAAACGUACAAACUUAUCUUCAUAACACCACCAAAGAAAUGCAGGAAAUCUCUUGCAGUUUGAAGAACCUCAACCCAAAGAAUCUUGCACAGCCUAUUCUAUCGUCAAAGGAAAUCUCUGGUAGUUUAAAAAACCUCAACCCAAAGAAUCUUGCACAGCCUAUUCUAUCUUCAAAGAGUAUUAGCAAACAGGCUACCCCACCGAAAAUGCGUCAGCCUCCUGUUAGUGAAGUGAAGAUGAGGACACGAGCUGCUGCAGCUCCAAAGGUGAAAAUGGGAGGGUGGAUGUCAGUAAAAAAAGAGGUCACUUUUUCAGAUAGAAUAUCUGAGAAGGUGCAAAAGAAAAAAGAACCAUGCUCUGAGAAGAUUGUGAGGGGAGGACGAGACUGUGCAAUCGUCAUUGAAUCUGAUGAGGAGGACGGAGCUUUUUCCUGCUUGGUCGAAGAAAACGCAGUUCCUAUUCGCAGGUCUAAAAGGAACAAACAGUCUCCUUCUUAUCUUGAGGACUUUCAGUGCCGGCUUCUUAACUCUGUCCAGUCCACUUCAUUCUCUUCUUCAGACUUGUUCGGAAAUAUAACCAAGGAAGAGGAGGAAGAAACCCAGCGGAUUUUACAGAAAGCAAGAAGGCGUAAGAGGAAGUAUAAUAAUGUUAUAACCAUCUAAGAAGGUGCAAUUUGAUGCUUUCAGAUGCAGAAGGAACCCCCACCCACUUUUUCCUCCUCAAGGCACAAAAAAUCGUUAAAAGCUUCUUCAUUUGGUUUGCUUACUGGUUUAAUUAAGCUUUGUGGACUGCAUUUCCUUCAGUAGAAAGUGGUUCGUUCUUUCUAUCUUAAUAUGGGAAGACAUUCUAAUUUAGCGAAAGCUUAGUGCUUACGUAGGUUCAUUCUUUUUUCAGCUCCUUGUUUUAUUACGUAGUUUUACUCAGGGCAAACAGAUAUAGAAAACUAGUAAUUCAUUUUAUGCAAAAAAAUGAAGUGUCAAA